AUGACGAACGAACAGAGGAGUUAGUUGAGUUGGGCGCCAGAGCUCCGCGUGGUCACUUGGUGUUGACGAUAACAAGCAAGAAAGAAGGAUCCAUAAGCCAGGAUAUAAAGAACAAUGGCGUUAUUCCGUUUUGGUCCAAAACAUUGUUUAGAAAUUCAGAAAAUAACUUCAACUGUAUUUUUGAGAUCGUUGAGCGAUAGUUCCACCGACUUAAAAAAAAUCUUGGCUGAGAAAAUUCCGAAACAUCUAGAGGUUGUUAAAAAAUUUCGUAAAGAACAUGGAUCCGCCGUAGUUGGAGAGGUCACUGUGGAUAUGAUGUAUGGUGGUAUGCGUGGAAUUAAAGGUCUUCUAUGGGAACCAUCAGUUCUAGAUCCUGAAGAAGGUAUUAGAUUUCGAGGAAAAUCGAUUCCAGAAUGUCAGAAGAUCUUACCGAAAGCGAAAGAUGGUUCAGAACCACUUCCGGAAGGUUUGUUCUGGCUUUUGAUUACUGGCGAUGUUCCUAAUAAUAAGCAAGUAGAAACAAUAUCUAAGGAAUGGGCCUCUAGAAGUAAACUGCCUGAACAUGUAGUCAAAACUCUAAAAAAUUUUCCAAAAUCUCUUCAUCCUAUGACUCAGUUUUCUGCCGCUAUCACUAUUCUGAACAGUGAAAGUGAAUUCGUAAAAGCAUAUAAUAAAGGCGUACACAAAAGCAAAUAUUGGGAGUACGUCUAUGAAGAUAUUAUGAAUCUGAUUGCAAAAUUACCCUCUGUGGCUGCCAUAAUAUACAGAAAUACUUAUAAGGAUGGUAACACCGUAUCUGUCGAUUCUAGUAAAGAUUGGGCUUGGAAUUUUUCAAGAAUGCUCGGUUAUGAAGAUCCUCAAUUCACUGAACUCUUGCGCUUGUAUUUAUCGAUACACGCUGAUCACGAAGGUGGAAACGUAUCUGCACAUACUACUCAUUUAGUCGGUUCAGCAUUAUCUGAUGCUUAUCUAUCAUUCGCGGCUGGAAUGAAUGGUUUGGCUGGACCUCUUCAUGGUCUCGCAAAUCAAGAAGUGUUGAUAUGGUUAGAAAAAGUACAAAAAGAGAUUGGAGAUUCUCCUUCUGAUGAAAAAGUAGCUGAAUUUGUUCGAAAUACACUGAAGAGCGGUCAAGUCGUUCCUGGAUAUGGACAUGCCGUACUCAGAAAGACUGAUCCUAGAUAUAUAUGUCAGAGAGAAUUUGCUUUGAAACAUUUGCCUGAUGAUAAAUUAUUCAAGCUUGUUAGUCAAGUAUUCAAAGUAGUUCCUCCCAUUCUUCAAGAAACUGGUAAGGUAAAGAACCCUUGGCCAAAUGUAGACGCUCAUUCGGGAGUUCUAUUGCAAUAUUAUGGAAUGAAAGAAAUGAACUAUUAUACCGUCUUAUUUGGAGUAUCACGUGCUCUUGGUGUUUUAUCAUCUCUUGUGUGGUCUCGUGGUCUUGGUUUCCCAAUUGAAAGGCCUAAAUCUUUGAGCACCGAACAUCUUAUGAGAUGUAUUAGAGCUUAAACAUCUUUAUUUAUAAAAAAUUAAAAUCAUUUAAAUCUUUCAAGUUCGUGUCACACAUCAUCAUGAUUUUAAAAAUAGAGAAACUGAUUUUCUAUUUUAAUAGAAAUAUUAUUAAUGCACAGAAAAUUUUUUCGAAUUUAUUUCGAAUUAAUUUUAAUAUAAUUUCAAGAAUUUAUUAUUGUAAUUACUCAUAUUAAAAAAACGAAAGAUAUUAAAUCAUAAAUUAUCUAUAUUUCAAAUAUAGAUAAUAUUUUGAAAAAAUAUUUCGAAGUUUAUCACAAAAAUAUAUAAUAUCGAAACCCUUAUUUUUUAACUUUUUUUUUUUUAAUUUUUAUUUUUCUGUUUAAUACUGUGUGGUAAAUACUAAUAUGGUAAAAUUUUGCAAUAUAAACACUACAAAAAAUACGAAAUUAUAAAAAUAAUUACAAUUUAUUCAAAGUGAUAUAAUGCAAAAGUAGUAAAUUAUUAAAACAUUCAUUGUAAAAGUUAGUACACUUAGUGAAUAUUGUUUAAAUAUUGUAAAUUGAACACUGCCAAAAAACAAAAAAAUAUCAGAAUUUUUAAAAUAUAAUUGAAUAAUAAUAUGUAUGUAUCUUUAUUAUUAUUACUCCGAUUAAAAGAUAUAGUAAUAAUUAAAAAUCGUUUUAUUGGCAGAAAUUUGCAAAAUGUAAUUUUUAAUAAGCUAUGUAAAAUAGAAAGUAAAUAGGGCUAAUAAAAUAUGUAAAAAAAAAUUGCAGUGUUAAAGCAUCAAUUGUUAGUUUUUUUGGAUUUAAAAACAUGGCUCAAUCACAUCGAGUUAUAUCGAUUAAAAAUAAAUUAAAAAUAAAAUGAUGACCUAGUGGUAGAUCCACUAUUAUGAGAAUGAAUGAGUGUGUGCGAUACUUUAUUUAUAACGAACGUGAAAAUAAAUAGAUCUUAAAAAAUUA